ACAUAUUUGACAGUCCUGCAGCACACACACAUUUUACUUGUCUGUUAAAACUGAAACAGAGACAGAAGGAGCUGGUCAGUGCGGAAUCAAUGCCAGUGACCCUAUUUAUCUGGAGCUUCUCCAAAUACGUCUCUGUCACUUAGGACAAGUGUGCCGUCUGGACACCUGUGACCAUGGCUCUGUAGUCCUCAUGUAACCUUGUUGGGGUGGCAGAAAGCUUAACAAAUAGACUGCUGUGGUUUGCCCUCCAGAGGAGAGCGUUAAACAGUUUUAGCACCUGUCCGAGUGAAACAAUCAUGGCCAGCAUGGCAGUUCAGCUCCUUGGAUUCUUCUUAGGGCUGUUGGGACUUGUGGGAACUGUAGUUUCAACUCUGCUCCCCCACUGGCGCAGCACAGCCUAUGUGGGCUCAAACAUCAUCACAGCCACCGCCUACAUGAAAGGCCUGUGGAUGGAGUGUGUAUGGCACAGCACUGGCAUUUACCAAUGUGAGCUGUACAGAUCUCUACUAGCACUGCCACGCGACCUGCAGGCAGCCCGGGCGCUCAUGGUGCUCUCCUGCAUCACCUCAGUCCUGGCAUCUGUAGUGUCUGCGAUGGGGAUGAAAUGUACCCGCUUUGCCCGUGGCUCGUUGAUCAAGUCUCCGUUGGCGAUGAGUGGGGGGAUUUGUUUCCUCUGUGCUGGUCUUCUCUGCCUGGUCACAGUGUCCUGGACCACCAACGAUGUCAUAAUGGAAUUCUACGACCCCUUCCUUCCCAGCGGGAUGAAAUAUGAGAUCGGCCUGGCCGUAUACCUCGGCUACGCCUCGGCCUGCCUCAGCCUGAGUGGAGGACUGGUGCUGUGCUGGAGCAGUAGGGGUGCCAGGUCACAGAGUCCACCCCAUAUGCAGAGGAAUCAACCAUCAUCACCUCCCCCUUGCUUCUACAACAUAUAUACCCCUGCUCCACUCUACAAGCCCCCAGAGGCGCUAAAGGACAAUCACGCUCCCUCACUUUGCUCCCUUUCCAGCAGCGGCUACAGGCUCAAUAACUAUGUCUAAAACUGGGGGAGACACUAACAUAGUAACUGUGAGGCCACAAGAUCUGCGUAUGAAUGAAAUUGAUACUGAACGGUUCAAAACAGUCAAUUGACCACAUCCCCAACUUAUUUUUAAUACCUCUCCAAGUAUUUGCGCCUCCUCCAUACCCAUAAAACAAGAUGGAAAAGGGAAAAGGAAGAACCAGUGUCCUACAAUCCUAUAUUUGACCAAAUAUCAGUUGCCAUAUUUGAAAGGAUAUCACGACUUGACAAACUCCCAAACUCCUUUCUUCAAACUUCAUUGUGAUCAGAUCUUAGGUCACAUUAUGGUGGUUCCUUGCAAAACUGGGAACCACUGUGUGUGUAAGAGAAGUGAGAAAAUAAAACCUGCUGCUACGUACCUGAAGGACCAGAAGAUGGCAACAUUUUCCUGAAAAUAGUCACAGAAGCGACUGCAUAAAUCAGUUUCCACACUCUCAUUGUAUCACUCAUGUUAAUAAAUGACCAGUUGUUCUGUCA